UUUUAGAACACAGACACAAAAAAUUUAGAGAGAGAAACAGCAUCUAUGACUACAAGUACAACUUGGGUUGAGAGAGACUACAGUUCAUCGUGAGAGUCGGUCUAAGAGGUAGGAACAAAAUGAGGAGUGUAGAGCGAAGAUUUGGCAGAUAAAUGAGUGAAUAUUGUCAUUCAUGGUUAAUCUGAUUUGCAUGGUUUGAAUUUUGAAAAAAUAUUUUUUUUUUUGUUCUUUUCUUAUCCUGAGGUUCAGUUAUUUCGUGUAAAUCUCAGACAUGCAAGCAAUUUGAAUUGAAAAAAUAAUCCGGGAUCUUUUAGAUUCUCUUCUCUCUCAUCAUCUUCGGUCUUUGCUGAAUAUAUGGCUGGUCUUUUGGGUUUGUUUCACAAUUUCCAUAGUCAUCAGAGAUUCUUAGGUAAUCCUAGAUUUUGUUUUCAGAUUAGUUCUGGGGUUUAGGUAUCAAACACUUUUUCUUUUUACUUCUCUCUUAAAUAUUGAUGUUGGGAAUCUAGGUUUGGGUUAAAAAUUUAGUCUUGAAGACAGAGGUAAUGCCAGAUUGAAAUUUGAAACAGGAGACACUGGUUUGUGUCAUAUACUUAGAUUAGAUUAGAUAUCUUUGGAUUAAAUGGAAGAUGAUACAACAAUGCCUCAAGAUGAUCAAAGAAAUUCUGAUGGUACUAGAGGCAUUGGGGGUCUUAAUAGAUCUUCUAAGAAGUCAAAGCAGACAAAAGUGCCACAAAGGGGACUUGGUGUGGCACAGCUUGAAAAGAUAAGACUAGAAGAACAACAAAAGAGAGAUGUAGGUGCAAUUUUACCAUCUCCUAGUACUUUAUCAUCAACCAAACCACCCUAUCUGCCUCUCCCAGUUAAGAAUUUUCAUGACUCCAACCUAUCCCCUUCCACACCACUUUUACCUUGUGAGCCAUCAUCUGAAUUUAGGUCCCCUUUGUCACUGCAACAGCAACAACAACAACAACACAAGGAUGUUAAAGUUCCAAGCACUGUUCCAUUGGCAAACAGUGGUGGCUUUGAUGUUGGCUGGCAUGUUGUUCCUGGACAUGGGAAUGUUCCCAAGUCGUGGAGCUGCUACCAGUUUGAUUCUGAGAAGAACAACUUUGGAGUGGACCCAGGAUUGCCGAUUCUACCGAGUUUGCCUUUUGAAUCCAGCCCCAUUUGGCCUCUGCCCAAUUUGGUGCAGAGAACACCACAAUAUCAGCAUCAAACUUCUUCACCAGUGGUGAGUGUCCCGUCAGGAACUUUAUCAACAUCUAUGCCUCAUUUCACAAUAGAGCCCCCUUCAAACCAAAACAACAAUUGCAGCAGUGUGCCUGAGAGGUCAAUGGAGAAGAUGAUUGGCAUGAAAAGGCAAACGCCAUACUCUUUCUCCCCAGAUUUUCCUCAUGCCCCUGCUUUCAAUUGUAUAUCGUCCCCCUUUGCUGAAAUAAGAACUAAUGCAAAAACUCUGUGCGGUAAUGGAACCGGAUUUAAAUUUGAUGCUGGCAAUUCAACUUUCAGGGAAGUAUCAUCCUCUUUAGCAUCCAACUCUGAGCCAAACUCAAAGAAAAGAAGAGAAGAGAAUGAGAAUUUCAAUGGAGAUUUUCUCACGUUGGCUCCUCCCUCUCCUACUUCGUAUCCACCUUCGAAGUCCAAGUUGUCUUCAACUUACCUAGCAUUUCACAACCAGGGAAAUGUAGAAGAUCAAAUCCCUGCCCCCCCACCAGUGUACAGGCUGUUCAAUCAACAAAAGCAACCAUUUUAUGGCUUCUUCCUUCCAGAACCAAAGGAAGAACAAAUUGGACAAACAACAGCCAGGAUUCAGAAUGGUCAUGAAGUGGGAGAAAGUGUUGAUCUUAACUUGAAACUAUGAAUAUAACUUCUAGGAUAGUUGUUUCUCACUAUGAAAGUUGCAUACUCGUCUUAUUUUAUUUUAUUUUUAAUUUUACUAGUCGUAGAUAUUCCUAAAUGUGCACAUGUAGUGUUGGUUGAGUAUGAAAAGGACUAGAAAUCUUGGCCAUGUGAGCAGUAGGAGUGGAAAAUGAAAGGAGAGAUGUUGAUUUGUUUGUUUUGAGUGGCAAUGCCUAUGUGCUUUGAUGAAAGCCAACCUCUAGUGGCUUUGCCUUUGGAAUUGAGGCUAUGGAUUUGUUUGUUUUUUUUCUUCUCUUUUUUACUGUUUCCUUGCUUGGUUAUUAUAGUGCCUGGUUGGAUGAGUCAGGAACUGGAGUGGUAACAAACUUAUGCAUGUGGGUUGUGGAGGCAGCUAAUUGUGCAUUGUUUUCUCUUCUGUUUCCAUCUGGUCCCAAAAUCCAGCCUCCAUUAUGGUUCUAAAAUGACAGAACAGUAGGGCCCUCAACAUCCAGUAGCACGUGUGUCAAUUAUGACUUGCUGUAUUGUUUUUGUGUGGAUGUUUCAUUAGAUUUUAUGAAUAGUGCAUGUUUGAAUAAAGUUUGCACAUUUGGGUUU